UUUUUUAACAUUUCAGUCUAAGUCUCAUCUGCGGGAUGAUGAUGAUGAUGAUGAUGUUCAGCUACAAAUUAAGUCAACUCUUGGUUCCAUUGAGAUUAUUCUGUUUUGCUUCACUGUUUGGUAUCUUGAUAACUAGCUUGAGAUGAAAAGAUGGUAUUAUCAUCAACGACCGAGCAACUUUGUCGUCGGUUAUCACUAGCUGAAAUUCACUCAGCCACCGGAGUUUUCAGCAACGCGCAUGUCAUUGGAAAAGGUGGUUUUGGUAUAGUCUACAAAGGCCUCAUCGUUAAUGGCUCUCUGACUGUGGCCAUAAAGCGGCGGCUAGCAUCAAACCCGAGUCAAGGCCAGAUGGAGUUUGCAUCGGAGAUUGAAACACUAAGUAAGUUCCGACACCAUAAUCUAGUCUCCCUGAUUGGCUACUGCGAUGAGGAGGGUGAGAUGAUUCUUGUUUACGACUACAUGUCUAAUAGAACGCUCGCAGAUCCCUCCACAAGAAUAGUAACGGCGGCUCAACUCUCUCGCGGAAUGAACGACUUAAGAUAUGUAUUGGAGCCAGAAGAGGUUUGGACUAUCUUCACUCGGGUUGCUCUGUCAUACAUCGUGAUGUCAAGCCUACGAAUAUCCUUCUGGACGACUGUUUCACAGCGAAGGUUUCAGAUUUUGGAUUGGCCAAACAUGUAAGCCAAAAUAUAUUGCAAACUCAUGUGAUCACAAAUGUUAAGGGCUCAUUUGGAUAUUUUGACCCGAGUUAUUUUACCAGGGAGACUUACAAGGGCAAGUGACACAUAUUCGUUUGGGGUAGUGUUGUUAGAGGUAUUGAGUGGGAGGCGAGCGGUUGAGGAACAGCUUGCAGAGGAUGAGCUGCGUAUGAGCAUGUGGGCUCAAGAAAAGAUUCGAAAUGGAAAAGCUGAUCAGAUUGUAGCUUCAAAUUUGAAGGGAGAUAUCACACAAGAUUGCCUCAGGCAUUUAUUGGGGUUGUUAAAAGAUGCUUGCAUCAUGAACCAAAGAAACGGCUCCCAAUGAGUCGAGUUGUGGCGCAGCUUGAGUUAGCCCUUGAGCAACAGGAGAGGAGAGGGACCACAGCACAAAAAUCACAAUUUUGGCUAUGUUGGAAUAGAUUUAUUCUGUUUGGUUCAACACAAAAAGAUCAGUAUGUGGUUGAAGUUGAUGAGGUGCCACGAGCCAUCUCUACCAUUGAUAAAGACGACAAACAAGUUGUCUCCACCGUUGAUGGAGAUGACAAACAAUCUGUCUCCACUGUUGAUGAUGUGUUGGAGGACAAACAAGCAACCAUCAAUGAAGAGGAUGCUAAUAUGCUGCCAAGAUCGGUUACCACAACUGAUAUAUUGGACAUGACUGCUAAUUUCCUUAGGAAGCCAUGUACGAGUCCUUGGUUCCGAGGAGUCGUGGAAACUGGAGAGAAAGUCGCCGUCAAAAUUCUCCAUAAGAAGUUGCCGAACAGUGAAUUUCUAGCACAGGUUUCAACAUUGUUUAGGCUGAAGCAUGAAAAUGUGGUUAAUCUACUUGCUUGUUCUGCACAUAAAGAUCAAGUCUUGGUGUAUGAGUUUCCACCAAAAGGGUCCCUACACAACCUUCUCCAUGGAUUAAAAAUCCGCGAGUUUCAGCCAGAUUCAUGUUUGACAUGGUCUGAAACAAUCAAAAUAGGUGUUGGGAUUACAUUCAUGAAAAGGGGCUGAUACAUCGUAACAUCAAAUCCAGCAAUGUUUUACUCUUUGAUGAUGGGAUUGCUAAGAUAACUGAUCUCCAUUUAUCAACUCAAUGCUCUCGUAAGAGGGAUGGGCCUCGUCCCGAAUAGUGAUUAUCACCCCCCAGAGUGAGUAUGCUAUUGAGUUUUGUUUUGCAGUUCGGUUUGAUUUCUUCUGGUAGAUGUAAUCAGACAGAGAAAAGCGAUGUUUACAGCUUUGGUGUGCUUCUUUCUGCCUGAACUUUUGAGUGGCAGUGAUGCAUUUAGACAGAGACCAAGAGCAAGGAAGGAGCAACCUUCCUUGUAUACAUUUAUGCAUUAUGACAACCUUGCAAAUUUGGCAACAAGCAAAACUGCAGCAGGGUUCCGAAAGUAUAGAUAAGAUUGUUGAUGUUAGGUUAAAAAAUGCGGAGCACCUUCGUGAGGCAGUUGAUGAAAAUGACUUGUUUUGCUUAUCAUUUGGUUUUAUGAUUGUGAGGGUCUAUUUCAUGCAGAUGGUUGCAGUUGCUGCGUCGUGUGUUCGUAUUGAAGCUGAUCGCCGGCCAAGCAUGCGUGCUGUUUUGGAAGCUCUCCUGGACAACAAGCAGAUGGUCACAAAAACAACCUCUAGCAAUAUAACACUCUCAUAGUUGAACAUAAUGGAGGUUGUACAAUGGUAUGCAUGAUGAUGUGAGAGGAAAUGAAAGAAAUUAGGGAUGCUCCUGCAAAAUUUGCUUGUUUCAAUUCAUUCUGAUUUUAUCCAUCUUGUAGAGUUAAGAUACUCUGUUUUUCCUAAUCCUCUUCAUUUUGCUCACUCUAUGUAUAUUCAUUUUAUAUAAGCAUGUUAUUUCAUUGCCUAAUCACUAAUGAGUGAUGAUAUAUUUUCAUUUAGGAGUGAUGAU